CAGAUCAGCGAUGACAGCUUGUGGACUCACUCUUUCAUGUUGGAGCUGAAACCAUUGCCGAGACAAAAUGUCCCUCACAACCUGCCAGAAGGUCACGCUCAUAUCAUGCUGCGUUCUUUGUGUCUCCCUCUUUUUGCCCAGAAUGUUUUUGCCCAGGGCCAGGAAGGAAGUGGGGCAGCCGCAGGUAGGACCUGGGUUCUACCCUCCAGCGAGGCAGCAGCAGGAAGAGCCGGACCACUGGGGCGUGGACCCCUUCACUGCCAUUGAUACCACUGCCAGAAUAAAGCCCAUUGGACGGGGCAAAAAAUCCAACCUGAUGGCUCAGGUCAUACCUGUCUACGGGUUUGGGAUUCUGCUCUACAUCCUCUACAUAAUCUAUAAGCUAACAUGCAGGGGGAAAACAAAACCAGGAAGCUACGCAAUGGCUCCUGUGAACUAUGUGGACCGUAACACGCCUGUUGAAUAUGAGCUGGCAAGACUCCAGGAGAGACUGAUCCGAACUGAAAUGAUGAUGGACCGAAUCGUUGCCAAGAAAGGUCGGAGUUCAACAAGUGGGAGAAGGAAGAAGGGCAAAACCAGAACCUCUAAGCGGGAGGAGAAACUAUUACGGGAGCUGAGGGAACUCACCCAGCUGAUGCAGGAGGGACGACUAGAAGGGGCGUCGCCAGAGAUGGAGGCAGAGGAGGUCCCUUAUGGUGCCGACUGGGAAGGGUACCCAGAGGAGACGUACCCGGAGAACGACUUGACCACCAACAGAUAUGCACCGAAAAUGGUGACCUUCGAGGAGAUAACCAAUCAGCCCACAGCUGAAGCCCUCGCUGAGAGGAUGGAGCAGGAGGAGGAUGAGGUGGUGAUGAGGAGGCUCUCAGUCGUGCAGGAGGAAGAUGAAGAUGAGCGAGAAGAAGAGGAGGAGGAGGAAGAGGAGGUGGAGAACACACAUGCUGCAGAUGAGGAGGAAGAGCAAGUCGAUGAGUAUACAGAGGAUGAAGAGGAGAAGGUUGAGGAGAAGCAUGAAGAGCAGGUGGAUGAGUGUACAGAAGAGGAGGAGGAGGAGGCAGAAGCGGAGAAGAGACUGUUGAUGACUUGUGAAUCAUCUCAACAAGUGCCGGUUGGAAAGCCGGAGAGACUCGGGCUGGAAGUGAGCAGGGAGCUCCAGGGUGGAGGGAAGAAGCAUCUCACCUUCAGUGACCACAGAGAUGUUUUUCGCUACCCGAGAGAAGCCACUUUUGAGGAGGACGAAGAAGAGGAGGAGGAGGAGGGUGGGACGGAGAUGGACGAUGCCGGAGAUGAAGAUGAUCCAGUGAUGGAGGCAGAGAGUCUGCAGUUCAGCUGUGUGUGUCCCAACCCAGAGGAGGAAGCAGAGGAGGAAGAGCUUGUGUCCGGAGCUGAGGAGGAGAAGCACAUCCAGGAGCAGAAACCGAAGGAGGUCACUGGACUCAGGAUGCGGAGCAAGAGGGAGAAGUAAACAUGUUCUUCAUUGAUCAACCAGUUACUCAAUUUUAGAGGGUGAGAAAUGGAAUUAUAUUGGCUAUAAUUUCCAAUACCUCCAUCUAGUGGCUGAAUGCGAUGCUGCACGGUGGUUUCAAGUCAGCAAUGUUAUGUGAUGAAUUUUCCAGAAAGAAUUCCUCCCGAGCUCUUUCGAGAAAUGUGUCAGUUUAUACAGUUUAAGUUUAUAUAAAGUCUGAUGACAUUAUUUGGCCAUUAUGAUUAGCCUCUAUUUCAUCAUUCAUUCGUCAUUAUCCAUUUUCUUUUUUUGAAAAAACAAAAAAAAACAAAUGAAAAGUCACACUCCGUUGUUAAUAUUUUUCUCUGAUUCAAACAGCAUGAAUAGAGAUGACAAAAACACGUGAAAACAAGCCCCUCAAACAGCUUGUUUGACUUUGUUUGUUGUUUUUAUUUCCUGAUGAAGUGUUUUUACCACCACAGCAAUCCAUGAACUGUACAUAACAACCAGAGCACUGGGAACAGAAGGUGAGGGAACUUUUGGUUUACAUGUAUGAAAGCAAACUUUACAGCAAGAGUAUCAACAGUGUAGAUAUAAAUUCAAAAUAGCACAGUCGAGUACAAGAAUAGCACAUUUGAUAAAGAUCCGACUCAUCAUCCACAGCAACAUUAACAGAGAUUGUUCUUUGCCUUCGAUCAGCACUUUUUUUUUAAUGCUGAAAUGCAGUAAGAGCUGCUGCUCUGUGUGAUGGUGUUGGGGAGACAACAGAAAGGCUUCAGUUUCAUUUGUAGUAAAUACACUCUAGGUGGGAGCUAUAGCAGAGACACACUGUAUCUUGAUCAGUGAAUACCACCUAACUUGGAAAGCAGGUGAGGAAUGAAAGAAAUAUGAGCGAUUUCUGGACUCAUGUUGUGACCAACAUAAAGCCUUGACUCUAAAUCAGGAUUGUCCCAAACACGUUUGAAACUUUCAAGGGCAAACCACUUCAAAUAUCCAACCAUCUUUGGAAAGAAUUCAUAUUUAACAGGGAUGGGACUCCAUUAAAAAAUGUAUCUAAAAAAUAAAAAAGAGGUUUUUAAUGUACUGCUCAUGAUAAAUGUUGUUUUAAAACUGCAGAAAGAUGUGAUUUAAAUUGAAUCCAUAAGAUGAAACAUCAGGAUGACAUCAUCAAAAAUUGAUCAUUUUUUUCUACAUUUAAUCAAUCAGAAUUAACGAAAAGAACAAGCUCUAAUAGUUAAAGACCUCGACGCGACUGUUCAGUUCUGAGUCGUCACAGAAGGGGGCGCCAGAACCCACCAUAGAGCUUAAGCUUUCAGUCUAUAUGGUUCAACAUGAACGGAAUGUUCUGAAAGCGUCCAUGUUUCAUCAGGAAAACAACUUGGUUCAUAGUUCUGGAUCACGUUCUCUUACUGUUGUAGUGCGUAAUGAGCAUGAAAUGACGUGACGGACCGUUCACAGUAUCAUUUUGUGCAGAUCUUCGGUCCCCAUACAGUACUUCCUUCAAGGCAGCUGUUGGAGGAGCAGCUCACUUGCGACCCAGAAUUAGUUCUUGUAAAACUUCAUUGUGUGUGUGUGUGAAAUAUAUGAACAAUAUGCCAAUAUAAACCACCUCUUGACUCAUGUCAAAUUCCACUAAGCUGCAUUUUUUCACUCCGGUUUAGCUUUUUUCAUAAUAGAAAUGGUAUAACAGAUGUGAUCUGCUUUUUUCUUUUUAAAAAUUUUGCUCUUCACUGCCAUUGAUUUCUUGCUACAAAUAAGCCGUCGGAGUAAAACUGUGCGGUUAGUUCAGCCAACUUUGGUGCAACAACGUAUCAUCCCUAUUACGGCUGCAGAGUGACUCGGAUGUUAGCUGGGUACGAUAGUUUGUCAAACGCGUGUGAGGACAGCGGAAGGCCAGUCCAGGCUCAGCUCUUUAAACAGCUCAAGCAACAUUGGUCUGGGAAGGCACAAGAAUCUAUGUACAUGUGACUCUCAGUCGUCUUUGAUAUCCUCCGCGGUACAUUCAUGAUCAUAACACUGUGACGCAGCAGUGAGUUGGUGUCUGUCCUGUCGUAUCCUGUGGAAACCUUCUCUCGUGUGCUUCGCUGCUCGGUGACCUCAACGUAAAAGGGUGUAAUAAAUAGAUAAAUAACCAAAUAAAUAACCGGUGACAUGCAUGUAGAUGCUCACGAGACGUAGUCAUGCUUCAGAAGUGUGUCAUGUGUUACUACAGAAGACCCUGCCAACACGGUGUUAGCUGUCAUUUACAGAUAAGGAUGUGUUAAGUCGGUGCUCUUGGAGACGAUACAAAAUAAACCAAACUGGAUCACUCUUUGUGCUCGUCACUUACACACACACACACUCACAGAGUAAACUUGAGGCCCAAGGAUCGUUUGAGGAUUUUCCAGGGUUGAUUUGGAGCCCUGGUAAGCCUUAACAGCCCUUGUUGGGAGGACAAAUGUACCGGCUGCGGGGCUCUGGCCCUCUACUCACAGGCCAGCUUGCUGUCAAAGCUGGAGAGGGCGAUGGCGAAGGCCUGCAGGGCGCACAUGGGAUAGUUAUAGUCCAUGGUGAAGACGUCCUCUGCCACGCGGCCAAACUGCAUCACAAUGUAGUCAGCUGCAGAGGAGAGGGAAAUACGGUUCAGCUGGGCUGCUGUGAGCUGCUGUCUGAGGAAGAGGUUGGAGAGUUCAUGCGCCCCCUAGUGUUGGCGCACAGCUGCGGCCGCAGCCAGAGCUGCGCAUGCUAGAACCAGAACAUGGUGUGGGGAAUUGUGUGUGGUAAAUGUCGAAAGUCUAAGCUGCUGAGACGAUCAGUGUAGAAAGAAGAAGAACUUCUUUCAGUCAGAUGCACAAGUUCUGCUGAAUUUUUCAGAGUUUGAUGACACAUGGGAAGCGUAGCCAAAAUGGAGCUCUGGUUGGAAUACAAUCACUGUUGAAUAGAAAAGCAGUUUGAAGACAUAAUAUCAAUUCAGAAAUAUUUGUGUCUCAAACAAUGAAAUUUUGGUCACCAUGACAAUAAAUGAAUGCAAAGCAGCGGUGGGCCAAAAUAUGUGCUGUGUCUGUUGUGAGAUACUGUCUAAAAUCUAACUUAGAUGAGUGGAUGGAUAUUAUAAAACAAGGGGGAAAUAAGUGUAAUUACACCAUGACAUGCUUCAAAUAUAUGUAACAAUACAUUUUAUAUUCAUCCAAUUUACAGAUUCAUUCAAUCAGACUAAAUCUUUUUUAAGUAGUGGAUAGCUUUGCUGGCAGUUUAUGUGACGAUUUUAACGCCUUUUUGUUGAGAUAAUAAAUAUUUUUAAAUAACAGUGCUUGUUUUUAAAAAUCUUUUUAAUUCAACAUUUCAAUGUGGCUAUCAAUGGCUGUGGUGACGAAAACAGACACAAAAAUGAAAUAAAAAAAGAAAAGAAAAAGAAAAAAAAGGCCUUAAAGGUGGGUGAGUUCUAUUUAUAAUUCAAAUGAAUGAUGAAAAAAGUCAUUUUCUAGUUUUGCUGUGGCCUUAUGAGUGCUGUAUAAGUACAGGCCAAGGGCCGCACUUUUCCCAGGUCUGAUAUAAAGGAUGGUGUAAUCGUGGAAACAGGUGACUCAUGCAGCUGCAGCGCGCCUGUAUUGAGUGACUUACGGUCAUUGUCGUGAAUAAUUUGGAAAUUUUUGACAGAAGCCUGAGUGACUCUGCCGUGGAAGUUCAGCACGUAAGAUUGUGUGUCGUCGUUCCAGACCGGAGUCUUGUUGUGAAGCUCGAUCACGCUCUCUGUGCUCUUGUUCUGCCACCGGGCCAACAGGGACUCGUGGUCCUGCAGAGAGAAUCAGUCAAAGAGUCGUAAACAACACCCCGGCGGCGCAGUCGAGAGACCUUGCGACGUACGUUCCGUGGCCGAAUAGAAACUCUUUCGUGGUCCAUGUUCAUUCCUGGGAUGAUCACACUCAUUUUGCGAGGCCCUUUAAAUCCUAAGACGUUAGUUUCCUAGGCAGAAAAUAAAACAUUGUCUUUUGUUGAGACGGUUUUGCUUUUUUAAUCUUAUUUUUUUUCCCCAAUUUUAAAAACCCACGUAGCAUAUGGCUGCAAGCUCUUGACGUAGAUUGGUAGCUUCAAGGCUGGUGCUGGUUUUCAUCGGGUUGAGCCCGCUGUCGUAGACUGUGAACUUGGUCCCCAUGAGGUUUGACCUGCAAGACAAAAUGAGGCUGUGACGAGAGGCAUGUAUUGAACCAUGUCGAACUCAUCACUUCGCUGCUGGAGGAUUUAAAAAAGGAAAACAUUUCACUUCUCAAGUGCCUGUUUUCCUGGGUCAACUUGACCCUUCAUACAAUAGAGUUGACGCUGCUGUAAUACUCAUGACUGACUGUGGGCUCCCUGAUCUCAAGCAGGUACGAAUUAACUGCUUCAAAUUUCAUCUUUUUUUUUUCUUUUUUUUUGGAUAGAAGUUUUGCUUCCAUGACUUCAGUUGGUUUGCAGCACUUUUCUCUACCUCUUGUCAGCUACGUCUCAUUACCACAGCAAGAGAGGAGGAAGAGUUACCUCAAUUUCCCAAUAAAGCUCUCUCCCCCUCGAGACAGAUCAGUGGGAUCGAUGGAGAUAAGGUAAUUGGAUGUUUUGCUCUUUUUCCUCUUUCUGCCGGCCAGCAGGAACACCUGCGGCCCAACCAAGCACAGACAUUUCCCAUUUCAUUACAAGUGAUUAACAGAAGAAGCAUCACCACACGAUCUGCUGCAGGACCUUGACAACAAAAACACUUUGUCUCCAUGAAAAAAUGAUAAAACUUUAUGCUGCAAUAAUUCGUGCAGUCAGUAGAUUCCCAUUUUUAAUCUAUCAUGUUUCCAAUGUUGUGCAUGUUGCUGAGCCUCUUCAGAGCCUCUGAGGUUAUCCUGAAGAAUGUUCUGGACACUGUUGUGGUCUUGUUGUUGGAGUAAACAAAUGUUUGCAUGAGGAAAGCAUUAAUGGCCACUCUGGUCUGCAUAACAUCUUCCUUAAGUUACAUUUAGAACAGAUACAGAAUGUGAUUAAUUUGCCAUUUGUCAUGUCCACACUUUAACCCAUUUGUUUUUGCACUGUUUGUAUUUUCUCAGCAUCCCUUCCUUGUGCUUUUAUUUUGUUACUCCGUUCACUCUCGUUUCCAUUUCCUCUCCUUCUAUCUAACUUCACAGGCAAACGCAGCUGGCUCUCAUUGUUUCAUCAGUCCCUCCUCAGAUAUAUUCCUCCCGACGCCAGCUACGUUUGCCAGAUGGUAGAUUUCGACUCUCCACUCAGGUAGCUCUUCCAAGACUUCCGUGUUCUCGCUUUAAGCCCUCGAUCUUUCUAAAUUCCUCCCGCGCUGAAUUCCAAUUCUGUCGCAACCCUUUGUUUUCACGUCCUUCCUCGCUAUUCCGCUAUGUGAGCAGUUAUUGGUCUCACUCUUUAGUUAAGAAAGAUCUGCUUAGCUUACCCCUCGUGUGCGUGAGUGUGAAUAGCCACCCGAGUGUGUUUUCUGUUCUCACAGUUUUAAGGCUUGUGAAUUCUAAUCCACCUUUCUUGUGUUCCACAUUCUUCCCCGUUCCCUGUGUGUUCUUCCCGGUCCACGUUUUGGUUCCCGGCGCCUUCAGUAAAUAGUUACUUGUCUGUGUAUUUCAUUUAUAGUAUUCACCGAUUAAAUUGUUAAAUUUAAUCUUGUCGUCUUGUGUCAUCUGUCGACCAGUAUCAACUGCACUUGGGUCCAUCCUCCCACUAGU